CGCAUCUCCCUAAAACCGGCGAAUCUAUUCACGUUUGUUGUUUAUUCACAUGCUCGCGACGCCGCUGUGAUGCCAUCGUAGUGGCUUUUUGUAAUUUCUCUACAUUUCUUUAACAAAUACUUUUAGUAAUAAAAUAAUUAGAUUCCAAAAUGAAGUGCAAAAAAGUUUCCAGUGCUAAAGUUCUGUUUGGAUUCUUCAACACAUUGUUUUUCGCGAGCGGCUUCCUCAAAGUGGUGUGCGGGUUCCUUCUGCUGAUGGAUUCUCCGCGGCUGCUGCUGUCGCGGCUGCUGGCAUCACCAGAGGAGGGGUUAGAGCACGCGCCGCUGCAUUACGUGGCGCUGGCGCUGCUGGCGGCUGGCUUGGCCGUGUGCGCAGCCGCCGCGCUCGGGUGCUGGGCGACGUAUAUGCCGUCUUACGUCAUACUGACUAUUUACUUCCUGAUAGUGCUGGCUCUUCUGCUGUGCGAGUGCGCGGGCGGCGUGGCGGCGGCGGUGUGGCCUCGCUGCCUGGGACUGCAGACGGCACGCGGCGGCGCCGUGGGCGCGCUGCAGGCCUACUACGCGCUGCCGGACUAUGAGGAGUUCACUGCUGCGGUGGACCUAGCGCAGACUUACCUGCGUUGCUGCGGCAUGACGGACGCGCGCAACUACGAUAUGUCAGUAUGGCAGCUGCGGCGCCUGGGCCCGCGGGGGCUCUCGGUACCUCCCAGCUGCUGCGUGCAGCGCGCGCGCGACGCCUCCUACCUCAACCCCGCGCCCGUCAACCAGUCGCGCUGCCAGGAGCUACAGCCCAACCCGGAGUUCCGUUAUGUCCCGGGAUGCUAUUCAAGACUCGAAGACUGGUAUCAGAAACAAUAUCUGGUCUUCAUGCUGGGCUUGUUCGUCAUAGCGCUUGUAAAGUUGGGCAUCUUGUUGAGCACUGUGUACUCGUGCGUUCGCCUGCGGAAGCGGAGGCAGGACAUCCGCGCGUUUGUUAUGAAAUCAAUCGACAACAAGACGAACGAGAACAUUUACGACGCUAAAAUGAGUUCGAUGCACGAUGAGCCGAUCACCGCCAAAUACAUCCAGCCCAAUAACUUCUACAGCCCCCGAGUGCGCAACCCUAGGAUUUUUCACAGUAAACCCAACGAGAUGAUAUGAGAGUUAGCAACGGAGAUAAAUGCUUUAGAGAGAAAACUAGAGAAGUUCUCCGAUUACCUUUAUAAGCAACAAGCAGAUUCAUUAUUGUGGUGAAAAAAAACUGGAUUGCUUUGCUUAUAAAUGAAUAGUGUUCCGAUUACUGAUAGGUAUUGAUUGUGGCAGGUAAUAUAAGAUACCACGAAGAGCGACGUAAUUUACCAGAUGGAAUCAACCAAAACGAAAGAAUCCAACAAGUUCUGUGCCUACAAUACAAAUAAUGUGCCAUAAUAAUCAUCUCUAAAAUCUCUUAAGUGUUUUCUCCGUUAGCUUCGUCAUGAAAUAUAAUAAUCGAAUAUAAAACUGCCUAAUUGAUAAAAAAAACAUGCUAUGCUAUAAUCUAACUUGGGUACAAUUUAUUUAUAUUCUCACUAUCGAACAAACAACUUAUGCGCAAAGGAUUUUGUUUUAUUAUAUUCUAAAUAGAACUUCGAUAAUAUUGCGCAAUAAAUAAGGGAAUUCGACCAAGGUUCAAGUCACCCAAAAUUACAAAGCAUUAGAUACCAGUGUUAUUACUGUUAUUUGAUUAAGUUAUGUAGUUCAUAAAAUUUUAUGAUUAUAAACUUUGUAAAAACAUUACUUUUGUUUUGCAAUCAAAUCUAAAUUUUACGAAUUUACUAUUAGUUGUCCAUGACGAAAAUUGAACAAAUUAGUUGAAUCAACUUAGGUUGGGUUACGUAUGUAAAAAAUAAAACUAUCCAUUCUCAAUAUGUAAUAUUAUUUCAAAAGAAUGUUCAAAAAUUGGUCCUAAAGUUAAAACAUUGUUAACAAUGGCUCUGGAAUGUUGUUAUCAUACACAAAUUUCGUAACUAUGGAUUAACAGAGAGCUGAACCUUUUGCAAUACAUUCUUGGUUCGGGCGUUUUUAAGAUAUCUUGGAUUCAAGCCAUUUAGACAUUUUCUUGUUUAAAUCAUUUUUAAAUUACUUAAAACAAAUCAGCCAAAAUCCACACUAUUAAAAUCAAUUUUUUUUAAAUUAAAUUAAAAGAACGCAAUAGGCUAAUCCAAGACAUCCAAAGAAGGCCCAACGAGUGUUGUUUAACAACAAACAUAAUGCAAAACGGUGUACAAGAUUAUACUACGGUUUUGUAUAGGAAUGGUAUCCAAAAUUUACUC